GAUUGGUUGAUUGGCAUAAUUUGAUAAUAAAUUUGACUAUUUACAAAGGAUAGUGGAUGUGGAGUCGGCGUUUUUGAGAAUCGAACCAGAAUUCUUCAUUUUUGUUACUGGAUCUGCCGCAAAUGGCUAAUCAUUAUGACAUCCCUAAUUGGGCGGGUAAACCACCAGUAGGGUUACAUUUGGAUGUCUUGAAAGGCGACAAGUUGGUUCAGAAACUGAUGCUGGAUGAGAAGCGCUGCUAUCUGUUUGGUCGCAACAAAGAAAUGUGUGAUUUUUGCAUUGAUCAUCAAAGCUGUUCCAGGGUCCAUGCCGCUUUUGUGUACCAUAAACAUUUAAACAAAGCCUUCCUGGUCGAUUUAGGGAGCACCCAUGGUACAUUCAUAGGAAAUAUGCGAAUUGAAUCCCAUAAGCCCACACAAUUACCAAUCGAUAGUUCUUUUCACUUUGGUGCCUCAACGCGGAAUUAUAUUAUCAGAGAGAGGCCUCAAACGGGUGCACGACCAAUCAUUGAGGAGUUAGAGAAACAGUCUGAAGAAGCGGAAGGAGGGUUACUUGGGUUGCCUGAAACUGAGACCGAACUUGAUAAUUUAACAGAAUUCAACACUGCUCAUAAUCGAAGGAUAUCCAUGUUAGGAAUACAAGAAGACAAAGAACAACGUAGGCCAAUUAUGAAGAAUAAAAAACGCCUGGUGACCUUCAAUGAAGAUGAAGAGGUUAUUAAUCCAGAAGAUGUAGAUCCGUCUGUUGGAAGAUUCAGAAACCUUGUACAUACAACAGUUGUUCCUUCAAAGCGGCAACGUCUGGACAUUGCCGGAUUAACAACAUCCCUGAAUGCUCAUGCCCACGAAGAAGUAAGACAGACAUACAUGAAGCACAUGCACCCUUCUUCAAUGAUGAAUCAACUUUAUUAUGAUGUUCCAGGCCCUGAGAAACAGACUGAUUCUACCGGUGUAAGUUCUUUGUCACUAUUCUCAACAUCAACCGCCUCCAAGCUAGGUUUAAGUAUUCCAAAUCCUGCUCCUGAAGUAGAUAUAGCUCCACCAGUUGUACCUGUCACCCCUGCAACUGUCGAGCCCGCAACCGCCAGUGCAGACAAUUCAUUAGAACCCAAGAAGAAGAAAUAUGCCAAAGAAGCGUGGCCUGGAAAGAAGUCAUCUGUACCUGCAUUACUGGUUUGAUCAGUUGCUCCUAAACUUCUGUUUUCAUACAAUCAAUAUUUCUUUGGACAUGAAAAUUCAGAGAUUCAUCCCGAAGGUUGUCCUACAUAUUUGAGAACUGUGUGUAAGAUGUUCUAUUAGGGGUGCCAGGAAAAUGAAGGUGAUUUAUUUAUUGCAUGUUUUAAGUUCCUCUAGUCUGAGUUAAACCUGAUGAUGAGGUGACCUCCUUUUCGAGACUUUUUUUAUUGCACUGUUUCUGCACUCAAAUAACUUUUCAGGGUUACCGGGUUACCCUUCCUCUACUAGCAUUGAAACACUUGAGCACAACUUGUAAAGUGAUUCUGCCAUCCUCAAGCCUAAAAUAAAAUGGCAUUAAAAUGAGGUGUAGUGACCUCUGGCAGUAAAAGUGAACUUAGAAUCUCUGAUAGUCAAGUAACGUCCCUAAAGACUGCAGCCUGUCAUAUUACCACUUAUAAGUAUGAAGUUUUUUACCCACCAAAAGUCGACAAACACAUUUGCACCACAUGAAGUGACUCUGUUGACUGGAAUCAGACACUCAAAAGUUCAGUGGGGGUUUUGAGAUUUUGCGGAGAGAUGCGGGAUUAGAUUAUACAGAAUGUAGAAUAUUAGAUGUUAGCUUCACACCAUGUUUGUCCCAACAUAGUUAGAAACUUCCCUCAUGCUGCUCUCGCAUGUCUUAAAUGAAAGUUUUUGUUUUUCAUAUAUUUAACAACCAACUGAACCUCAGAACUCGACUAGCUGAAAUUUACAUGGCCAACGCAAUUAGGCAGAGGUCAGGGCUCAUAAUUUUGGGCUUCCUUUGCGAUACACGAAAACAGCAUUAGCUUUGUGAAUGCUAUUUAUGAUAUAGAAAUGCUCAUUAAUUUAUUUUGCCAUCACUCUCUCUUUUUCUGUAAAAGGUAUUAGUACUUUGUGGCUGAAUAACCGUUCCAUGAAACUAAAUUACUGAAACAAUAAUUGCAAGGGACUUUAAAUCAAAAGUUACCAUCUUAACAUUCAGUAUGCUUAAGAGUCUCAGUAAAUCAGUUCCUUUUGUAUUCAUACUGUCAGUAGCAUUACGGCUUUGGUCUUUCUUCAUAGUCUUUAAUUGAAGAAAAGGAACGAACUGCUGGUGUUUCUAUCUGUAAACACGACAGAAUAAACAUGAAAAAGUGGGUAAAAGGCUAAAAUAUUGGAAACCCUUAAAAAAUAGGAGGUUUUUAGCUGUCAUAUAGUCAUUUUCAGCUGCAGAAACAAUUAAAAUCAAUUAAAAAAGUUAAAUGACCACCUGAUCCUAUUUGUCAUGAUGUAACCACUAAGAGUUUGUGUCAUAAUAACUGAAAUUAGGUCCUCGAGUUUUUUAUUAAUAUUGAUUAUUUUUGCAGCUGAAAAUGAGCCUAUAGCGGCUCAAAACCCCCUGCCUUCUUAGUGUUUUCAAUAUUUUAAGCCUUUUGUCACCCAUUUUUCCAUUUUUAUUAUUUUAUCGUGCUUAAAUUUUUGUGCUAUGUAAUUUGUGCAUUAUCCUACCUGAAAACUACAUUUUUAUCCAACUCUGAAACUAAGGCUAACUUUGUCUCAUUCAGUUACAAGAGCACUGUAUUGUGAGUAUUAAAUUUACAGAAAUAUCAUCAAGCAGUAUUCUGUGAAUAUUAGGCACUUAAAAAUAUUGGUAUGGUGUUUCUGAAGCAAUUUGCGAUAGUAUUUUUGCUGCCUCCUUGCCCUACAUUAAGGUAUUGUUAUAAAGAAUGAAUUUUUUAUUGAUAUGAUCAUGCACAUGUGUAACUUAUUCUUAAUGAGAAUAUUGAAAAAUAAAACAAGUAUCAAACAUUCAACCAAA